AUGAGUUCUCUUAAUACUCUCCCAUUGGAGGCUCUUCACCAAAUAGUUUCUUAUGUUCCUUAUGAAGAUUUUAAAAACCUUAGGCAAUCAUGUGCCAAGUUACAUGAUUCCUUAGAGCCCUUAUACUGGGAAGGCUGUGUAAUUGAUUUAUCCGACCCUUUUAAAAAACCAAUUAGAAUUAUUAGUCAACUUUUUGACAGUGAAUCAGAUGAGGACGUUUCCGAUUGUUUAGGCUAUAAUCUUUUAAAAGAAAAAUACCAACGAGUCUUUAAAUACCCAGUGGUUCCUUGGAAAGUUUUUAACAAUCCAGGAGGGAUUUUCUCUGUUGAAUGUUAUAAAAUAACUGAAUUCCCUGAUGUCAUGAACUCGUUCUCUAAUACACUGAAGAAUCUUAAACUUUUAUUUUCUUUGAGCGACGCAGGAAAAACAUUGCUGGUAUCACCAGGGUUUGAGUUAAACAAUUUGGAAAGUCUUUUUAUAGAAACGACUAAUGGUGGUCCUUAUCUUAAAGACUUUUUCUCACAGUGUUCCAAAUGGCCCAAUCUAAAAACAUUGACCCUGAGUACGAGGGUAAUUCUUGAAUCGAUAAACACCGGUCAAAAAACAUUGUACUCAACUCAUGAAGAAGUAUUGUCGUUACAAGCUAUUCCCCAUGUCCAAAACUGCCGAUUGAAAAUUGAUAUUUGUGAGGCCUCCCGGCUUUUGGAUGUCCAGAAACCUUUGAGUGAUCUUCCUUAUGUGAACGUUCCAGCAAUAACCACUCUUGAGAUUGAAGAUGAGGCCUCACUUUUAGGUUUUGAAAUGUUAAAUCAAGUGUGGAAUUUUCCAAACGCAGAGUUGGAAUUAUUGAUCACAAGAAAGGAGUAUCCACAGGCAUUGGUAGAGUAUUUACCCAUUAUCUCGCAACACAUAAAUAUUCUGUCUUUUUUCUUGCCGUUUAAUUUUGUUUUUUCUCACAGACCAGUGUUUCCUAAGUUUCAAAGUUUGUCGUGUCUUCACUUUCAACCGGUUGCUUAUGAAAGUUAUGGGAACGUUUAUCUCUCUGAGUAUACCGAUGAAGGUAAAAUAAAGAGUUUUCUUGAACAAUUUUUAUUAAAUUUUCGAGAAACUGAUCCAAAGAAUGAGCUUGAAACUGUAAAAAUUAUAGAGCCUCUUUUGGAAAAAUUUUGCAUAGAUAAAGACCAGUAUCAGCCACUUAUUGACGUGCUUUGUGGGCUAACGACAGACUCUAAAAACAUGAUGCACCUUUUGGAAACUUUUUCGAGGUUCCCAACAAAAGUCUCUUGUUCACAAUCGAUAUAUUCUAUUGCUGUGAACGAAAUGAUAUUCCGCGAUAUGAUGGAGAUUAAGAAUUUGAAAUAUUUAAGUGUCGAAAUGAGCAAGGGAUUUUAUCCAUCGCCGUAUUUACAGCGUCUUGCGGAAAUUCAUACUUCUUUACAGCAAAUUCGAAUGUUUUCAAAAAAAAAUACGACAUCAAUCUCCUUGAAAAUUCCAUCGUAUGCGCCAUCAGUUGUUGGCAUGGGCGAUGAAUAUUCCCGGCUACAGCAGCCAAUCCCUCUUUCACAAAAAGAAACCGAGAAAUACAUGUAUAAUGUAUUUCCUGACGUUCAUUAUAAGUAUUUUUUUGAGUUUGAUGUAUCAACAAAUGUUGUCUAUGGUUAUGGAGACCCUGACGUGACGGUAACUGUGAUGAUCGAUUGUGUUAUUGAUGUGGCAAGGAAACGGAGGUUCUUAAACACGCCGUAUCAGCAAGCCUUUAUUCCAGAAAGCCAAGUUUCAAAGGAUUUAAAGUUUUACAAGCACAAUAUAUAUGAUUUUGAUUUGAUGAUCAAAGGUCCUAACUUUCAAGGCUGGCUUUAA